UUUUUAAGCACCCGUUUAUCCGACGGAUUCCUAACCCUCCUGGGGAAGGCGGCGACGGACGGUGGUGUUGUUGCUCCCGUCUUCGAUAGAAAGGAUCCUUGGACUUCUACAGCGGGAUGGCGCCGAAGAAGGACAAAGCUCCGCCACCGUCUUCGAAACCGGCCAAGUCUGGCGGAGGAAAGCAGAAGAAGAAGAAAUGGAGCAAGGGAAAGCAGAAGGAGAAGGUGAACAACGCGGUUCUCUUUGAUCAGGCGAACUAUGAUAAGAUGCUCUCCGAAGUCCCCAAGUAUAAGCAGAUCACUCCCUCGGUGCUGUCUGAGAGAUUGAGGAUUAAUGGGUCGCUUGCGCGAAGAGCGAUCAAAGAUUUAAUGGCAAGGGGUGCCAUCAGGAUGGUGUCUGCGCAUGCUAGCCAGCAGAUUUACACAAGAGCCACUAAUGCCUAGAUAUGUCUCAUUUUGAUAUGAUCCUAAGCACAGGAUAGCUUCCUUGGCGUGGGGACAUUGCUGAAUUCAUCCUUUCUUUAGGAAACGUUGGAGUUUAUUUUGUGAAAACACAGCAGUACCUUUUUAAAUUUGGAUAUUCAGAUUUUGUGAUGAUUCAAGUAUUUUCUUUUCUGGUUCUUAAAGCUUUA